AUUAGUAGUCCAGGGUUUACGCUUGUCUCUGGUUGUGGGCUCCAGCAGGCUCCUAAGCAAUUAAAGCUAAUUGGGCUGUCACGUGAUACCUGCCUGCAUGCUUCAACGAGUGAACCACAUAGUUUGGAGUGGGCAGAGCGAAUGAAAGACAAAGCAUCCAAGCUACAAAGAGAUGAAUUGUAAUUUUGUAAAAAAAAUUUUGAUUUCUGUUAUUUUGCUCUUCAACGUUCAACUCUGUCGGUGUACCGAAAAGGGCUCAACGCCAUCUCAGAGACAAAGUCUUGCCUUGCCCAGAGUCAGCUGCUCUCAGAGGGGAAUAAAAGCUGUGUUUGGCUCCCAGGUCAACAGUAAUAUUCGUGUAAGAGACAAAACGGGGGCAACACUCGCGGUGGCUCAGUCCGAGAACUCGUGUGGAGUGAAAAUGGGCAGACAGAACAACCAGAGCCUCUUCUUCUUCAGCAAGUAUGACAGCUGCUACGCUCAAGUGAAGGGCAGUAAAGUCGUCAUCCCGCUGCAAGUCCAGCUGGCAGGAGAGGUUGGUUGGUUCAGGGUAAACAUCAGCUGUCCUCUGACAGUAAGACCCAGGGAGUGGAUGGCACUCUCACCAACAAAAUUCCAUGGAAAGUGUGCCAUUCCCAAAGACCUCAGAGUGAAAUGUGGCCACGAAAGAAUGUCUCCAGAUUCCUGCUCCGAUCAGGGAUGUUGCUACGAUGCCACAGAUUCAGUAUGCUACUACAGACUCAACUCCUGCUCUCUGGAUGGACACUUUGUGUUCGCUGUAAAAACCACCGAGACGGACCCGCUUACGCAUCCGAGUAGCCUCACAGUCAAGGAUCAGCCACGCUGCGUCCCUUUGAUCACCACCUCAGACACUGCCGUCUUUAAGAUUCACAUCACGGCCUGUGGGGUUAAAACAAAGGUCAAUGGAGAUGUUGUCGUCUAUGAGUUAGAGGUGGAGGAGCUCCUUGAUCCAAAUAGAGCAAACCACUCUUCAUUUAGUCUUCAGGUUGAGUGUGAAUAUGAAGCGUCCGCUGCAAGGCGUGCAGUAAAUCUACGUUCAAUGUACGCAGUCACCAACCCGCCGCCUGUGGUUGCUCUGGGAACCAUCAGAGUGCAGAUGAGGAUAGCCACAGAUGCAUCCUUUACAUGUUACUUUCCUGAGGACCAACUUCCACUGACGUUGCCAUUACGUGAAACGGUGUAUGUGGAAAUCUCCAUCGCCCAACCAUCACCAGAUCCCACACUUUCCCUGCAUGUAAGGGAUUGCUUCGCCUACCCAACAUCUCGACACUCUGUGUGGAUGCUUCUCUACGACGGAUGUCCUAACCACCUGGAUGACUCCAGAAGUUCGAUCCCUGUGGACAGCCAGGGCAAAACGUAUUCCCAUUCCCAAGUCAGGAGAUUUGAUGUCAAGACCUUUGCCUUUGUGAAAAAAGGCCAGCCAAGUGUAGAGGAAAUAUACUUCUAUUGUUGGGUGGAAAUCUGCACAGAGGAUGUUGACUGUGAACAACGCUGUGCCAUUUCAUCUGAUGGUGAGAGACAGAAAAGAGGGGCUUCAUCUGAAACGCAUCCCACCCAGCUGGUCUCUUUAGGCCCUUUAAUGCUGCAUCAAAAUAACACACAAAUUGAGGAUGAUCCAUGUGUUCAGCAGAACAAGAUGUAUAAAGCCACAGUAUUUAUUGUCUCUGGCAUCUGCGCAACGACAACACUGCUGCUGCUGCUGGUGGUAUUGUGUCUGAGCAACAGGAUGUGUCACAAGCAAAAGGCAACACGAGCUUCUGAUGCCCGAGUCGAAGAUGCAAUAUCAUAAUAAACAUUUCACUUAGCCCUCAGGCCUUGUUUGAUUUAUUGUCCCCAUUUGGUCAUGUAGUAUUAAUCAAUAUGCUGUUUGUUAGUCAUUGUUCUCAUUCGACGAAGUACAGGUCUGGUUCAGGAAUGGCUUCAACAGUGGAAGUGUUUCUGUGAGAGUCAGAGUUCAUCUUAAAACAGCGCUCAAGCGACUGAACUAAAUCCAAAGUUGCUUACCACAGGCCAAUUGCAGACUGAACUGUCUUUCUACAGUACAUCAAAGGAAGCUUCUACUUUGUAAUCAAAGAAAUAUUCUCCAGAGAAGUCUCCCUUUCAAAUAAAAAUUGCAUAAUUUGUUCCAUCUGAAUGCAAUGUUAUUCAAAUCCUAUUUCAGUAACUAAGAAUAUUACAUGGAUUUGCUGCCUUGU